AUGAACAACUACACCUCUGUGAAGGAGUUCAUCCUGUUGGGACUUCCUCACACUAAAGGGCUGGAGAACAUGAUCUUUGUCCUGUUUCUGGCCUUCUACCUCUUCGCCUUGCUGGGGAACCUGCUCAUCUUUGUCACCAUUCUGGCUUCAUCCAGCCUGCACACCCCCAUGUACUUCUUCCUGGGAAACCUGUCAGUGUUUGACAUCUUCUUCCCUUCUGUGAACUCCCCCAAGAUGAUGGUCUCCCUGGCGGGGCAGAGCCGCACCAUCUCUUACCAGGGCUGUGCCUCCCAGGUCUUCUUCUACCACACUCUGGGUGGCACUGAGUGUUUCCUGUACACAGUGAUGGCCUAUGACCGCUUUGUGGCCAUUUGUCACCCCAUGCGCUACACUGUCAUCAUGAACCAGAGGGUGUGCACCAGCCUGACAGUGUGCACAUGGCUGGGGGGCUGUGUGCAUGGGAGCAUCCUCACGUUUCUCAUCUUUAAGUUGCCCUACUGUGGGCCCAAUGAGGUGGACAGCUUUUUCUGUGAUAUCCCAGUGGUGCUGUCCCUGGCCUGUGCAGACACUUCUCUAGCACAGAUGGUGAGUUUCACCAACAUAGGUGUGGUUGCCCUGGUGUGUUUUCUUCUUAUCCUCCUUUCUUACACCCGCAUUGUUCUCUCUAUAUUGAAAAUCCGUUCCUCUGAAGGCAGGCGCAGAGCCUUCUCCACCUGCAGUGCCCACCUGACCUCCAUCCUCUUGUUCUAUGGACCUGUGAUUCUUGUCUAUCUCAGACCUGCUUCCAGCCCCUGGCUGGAUUCUGUUGUUCAGGUGUUAAACAAUGUCGUCACUCCUUCCCUCAAUCCUUUGAUUUAUUCCUUGAGAAAUAAGGAUGUGAAAGUGGCCCUGAGGAAGAUGGUAUCGCAAGAUGCCUCAGUACUGGGCCAUAAGCAGGAGGUUUUAGUCCCUCAUUGCAUAGGGACUGUGGGAUCAAUUGGUCCAGCUAAAGCCCACUGA